GAGCGCGCGGGGAGGCUCCGGGACUGAGGCGGCGCCACCGCCUCCCGCCUGCAGCUGGAGCGCGGGCCGCCUCGGCGACAUCUUGCUCAGGAGGAAAGCGCGCGGGAGAGCGAGCUGCGCUUUAGCUGCUGCGCCACGCGCGCCUCGGGCCUGGGCACAGAGGAUCGGCCGGGCGCGGCGGGAAGGAGGCUGCGGGCAGCGAGGAGCGUCUGGGGCUCGAGGCGGCGGACGGCACCAUGUCCCCGGGGAGCGGGGUGAAGAGCGAGUACAUGAAGCGCUACCAGGAGCCGCGCUGGGAUGAGUACGGGCCGUGCUACCGCGAGCUGCUGCACUACCGCCUAGGCCGCCGGCUGCUGGAGCAGGCGCACGCGCCCUGGCUCUGGGACGACUGGGGCCCGGCCGGCUCCUCGGAGGACUCGGCGUCGUCAGAGUCGUCGGGCGCCGGGGGCCCCGCGCCCCGGUGCGCCCCGCCCUCGCCCUCGCCCUCGCCCCCGCCGCCCGUAGAGCCGGCGGCCCAGGAGGAGGCGGAACGGCGGGCGCGCGGGGCCCCGGAGGAGCAGGACGCGGAGGCCGGGGACGCGGAGGCCGAGGACGCGGAGGACGCGGCUCUGCCAGCACUGCCAGUGAAAGAUGUAGAAGAUAAACCUGAACAACAAACCAGAACAAGAGAGACUGACAAAUCACCCACCAGUACUGAGCCUCGACAGCAACCAAGUGCCUUAUUUGCUAGAGGAAACAGGAAAGCGGUCAAAAGUCCCCAAAGAUCAUCGAGUAAAAUAAAAGAAAACAAGCAUCCAUUUGCUCUUUAUGGUUGGGGAGAAAAACAGACGGAUACCGGAAGCCAGAAGACUCACAACGUCUGUGCGUCCGCUCCUGUGCACGAGAUUCAUGAAUCAGCAUUACGAGCCAAGAACAGAAGACAGGUGGAAAAAAGGAAACUGGUUGCUCAAAGGCAGCGUGCUCACUCUGUGGAUGUGGAGAAGAACAGAAAGAUGAAGGCUUCCUCCUCAGAGAACCCGUGGAUGACAGAAUACAUGAGGUGCUAUUCGGCAAGAGCUUAAAGAAACACUUGCGUGGACAGCCUCUUUUAAAACGUGUAAAUGACUGAAAGGAAAAACAAAACAAAAAUCAUCAAAAGAAACUGGACACAGGUUUAAGAAACCAACUGAUUAUGCAAGGUUUUUUUUAGGGAAUUUGUAAAAGAUUGUUUUAUUUUGAUGAAUAUUGGUCACCUACCUCGGCAGUAGGGCAGACAGUUGAAGCCAUAGACAUUUGGUUAUUUAUGAAGAUAAUUCCCUAAAUCUUUGAUAUUCUUAUAAGGUUUUUGUUUUAAAGCAUCUUAAUCUUUUAAGAUACUGACACCAAAUGCCUUUAAAUGGCAACAGAUGCUUACAGUUCAGUAUUCUUUUCAUAAGCUUAGGUAGAGCCUAUUAUCAUCUUGUUCUAAAUAACUUUCCAGAUUCCAUAGCUAUAAGAUCAUUCCAUCCUACAGCGUAAGACUCGUUUUCCUUAUGUGCCGUUUUGUUUGUGAAAGAAUAUCAAGUCAAAAAUGAGUGUCAGCACUACUAUUGAUUCCAUGUAUAAUGAAACUAGAACUUUGCUAGUUCCUGAAAAUGUUUAACUUAUUUGUAUUUCAGUUCAGCAGCAUCUUUAUGUAGAUUGUGAUAUUUAAGAAUUAUCUGGGCUGGGCGAGGGUCUCUUUUUCUCUUUCAGUGAUCAUCUAGGCAGUUAUUAUUUAAUAGUUUAAUAGCUCAAGUACAUUCCAAUAGACGAAGUGCACACAACACAAUAUGUGUGUUGAGUAGUAGUAAAGUUUCUUUUGAAUAGUCAAAGACUCACUUUUUUUAUUGCAAAUUUUUUUUUUUUUUUAAGAAUACAUACUGUGGAUUCAGUCCCUUGUCACACUUGACCUUUUGGCAUACACCCACUGUGGACUUUUGCCUCUUCUGUAAUGGCUGGCAAUGACAUUUCAAACUUAUAAUCUGGAAUUGCACUUGGUACAUUGGCAUUGCUUGUUCCACUGGGAUGGGGACCAGUGUGAAGAUGCCUGUUAGACAGACUGCCCACCCCCACUUUCUCUUUUUCUUUAUAGCACUUAACAAUAACAAAGUCUUGAUGAUGUACAGUAUUCAAACUUUAGGUUGAAAGACAUUACUCUUUGAUUCCUAGCCAGUAGAUCUUAUCUACACUUUAAUGGGAGAGAAUGGCGGUGUGUGGGUAGGCACAAAUUUAUGUAAAUAGUGCUCCUUCUCUUUAGUAUGUUUGCUUUGGUGGUAGAAAAAUGGUUUUAACAAACACUGGUUUCCAUCAAAUGAAUGAUGUCUUCUCCAUCCUGUGGAGACAAGAAUCUGCUAGAAGGAUAUGUGCUAAGUUCCUUAUAAGAGAUAAUGGUGCUUUGCCUAUGCCAGCUUGGCACCCGAAGAUGUGUGAGUGGACGUGAGGCUGAGUAUUACCUUAGUAUUUUUCUCUGGGUCUUUGGAAAACCAUAGUCAAUUUUUAGAACAUAUUGCUUUCAUUCCCCAUAAAAUCUUCACACAUGAUAACUGUUUAAGCUUUGAAAACACAUACUGAAGUAUUGUGAGCUUAAAAAACUUUUUAAAUAUUUGCAUAGUUUUGAGGUGAAUUUGUUUCCGUACAGAUCUCUCCUAAUCAUUGAGAUGUAUAUUUCAAAAGAGGAAAUUUUACAUGUUGUCCAAAACAGCCUUGCUAGUAACUGGUGAAUUUUGGUAUUAACUAUUAUUAAAGUCUUUAAACGACACAGGUACCUAACGAUCACCUUAAUGUGGCAAUUUGUGAUGGUGUAGCUAGCUGAUUGUGAAAACUGUUCCUUUAAAGUUGCUUCUUGCAUGUUCGGUGUUAGCCAUCCAGCUCAGGCUUGUGUUGCAGCUGACAAUCUAGGAAAGACGGCCUUAGAGAGUGGUUCAGGCCCCACACUGACGGACUGCCUUAGAAACCCGACUUCCUCUAGACUUUGAACCGCCAGACUUUUCUCUUUAGAAAACAAACAUAUUUAAUGUACUUACUACUUAAAACUCCAGACAGAGAUAAAACGUAGAAGGCAAAUAUUGGCCAAUUUUUUCCUCUUUUUAAGUGGAAGACAAAUGAACGGGAUUUUAAAAGUACUUUUAAAGUGUAUGAAUGGUUAAUAAAUCAGUAUGAAUUGUAAGCCUUCAUCUUAUGUCCAAGUCCUUAGUUGGUUAGGGUUUCUUUUCUUUCUUCUUUAAAGAGUGUCCAAUUACCUUUUGAACCUGUGAAAAUUUUAUAGUUGUUAACAAUCUGAUGGUCCUAAUUCUUUCUUUUCAUGCUAGAAAUGAAUGUGGUUGUAAUCAUGUUCCUAAUUCUUGGGACAACCUGCAAGACAGUGAGACAGUUUAAAAAUUACCUUUCAUGUUGAAAAAGUCUGAAACGGAGAACCCAAUGAUAUUUAAAAUAAAUGCUACAUAAAACUCUUUUUAAAAUUUUGGUUUUAACUUCUUAAUUAAAACAAUGUCAUAAAUAUGCUUUUUUAUUUUGUUACUGCUUUUAAUAUAAAAGUAAUAGAAUAUUGAAGCAAUAUUGUCUAGCACUCUGCUGGACAUUAAGUCCGCAGGAGGAGAAGUGAAUAGGAAUCGAUUCUUUGUCUUUUAACUGCCCUUAGUUAGGAGCUGUUAAAAUACUUGGCACCUCUGGUUAUAUGUAUGUUCUCCCCCCUAAAAUUCCUAAGCACAUUUAUUCACUUUUAAAAUGAAUCUUUAAAAGAUUAUAGUUAGUAGUUAUAGUUAAUAUUCUAUUUACUUGGAAAAAUAUGAAUAAAUGAAUCUUCAAAAGAUUCAUUUCAAAAAUGAAUAAAUGUAUAAUAGGCUAUAGGUGAUCUUACUUGCGUAUUAGGUAGGAGGCAUAUAUUUAUACCAUUUCAUACAUAAUAUCUUUGUCAUUGUGUUUCAUCGAAGAUCAAUUGCUAGCAACUUGAAGGGUAUUAUACUUGGGUCACUUGAACUCAGCUGACUAAAUUGUAAGAACGAGAGCAAGCAAGAUGGCUGUUAUUGGAAGCCAUAACUUCCAGAAGAUAAUUCUGCACAAUUUGUAAGUUAAAAAAAAUCUGUAGGGUCUUCCACUAUCCUUUUUCAGGUUGAUAAUGCUGUUCUGGGCACAGACUUUGUAAAUGGAAUGUUAUGGUACAGUCGCCUCUCAGUAUCCAUGGGGCAUUGGUUCCAGGCCUCCCUUAGGAUGCCAAACUCCAUGGAUACUCAAACCCCUUCUAUAAAAUGGUGUAGUAUUUGCAUAUAUCCUAGACACAUCCUCCUGUAUGCUUUAAAUCAUCUCUAGAUUACUUAAAAUACCUAAUACAAUGUAAAUGCUAUGUAAAUAGUUGUUAUACUAUAUUGUUUAGGGAAUAAUGACAAGGAAAAAAAAGCCUGUACAUGUUCAGCACAAGUGAAACCAUCCUUUUCUCCCCCAAAUAUUUUCAAUUGGUAUUUGGUUGAAUCCAUGGAUGCAGAACUCACGGAUACAGAGGGCCGACUGUACUUUCUUUAAAGUGUUCAAAAGUAUUACUAGCAAAGAGGAGGAGGAGCAAAGCAUAUAUCAGAAGUAAAACAAUUUUUCUUGUUGACUGCUUUGGUAAAAAACAGUUUGAUGGAUAGUUUUACAUUUCACUGGACUAGAUAAAAAAUGGUGCUAAUAUUUAUGUAGCUUGACGCUAUAGUUGCUUUGGUAUCAAACUUAAUACCUAACCCAUAUAAGAUCCUUAUUAGAUAAUUUUGUGAUCAGUAAAAUGAUAUUUUAAAGAGUGAUCUUAAAAAUAUGACCUGGUCAUUUCACAAUGUUUGCAUUUGAAAUGAAUUUUUGUACUAUAGGGUAGAUAUGGAGUUAUUCAGUGCAAGUGUGUGCUUAAUAUCAAACCCUAUGCAAGGAGCUAUGUCUAGAUUUUUGGUCCAAAUUUGCCUCCUUCAAGCCUACUAGUGUGAGGUGGAAAAAAAUCGAUUGUUCUUUUAAUAUUAUUUCCAUUUUGAAAUUCUGGACACUUGAAUGAAGGCAGUAGAGGCCUCUUUUUGGAUUUCUCUUCUAAUAACAAAACUUUAUUUAGGGAAGGUUUCCCUGUGCUAUUGUAAGUUUGUUUUGAGCACUGCAUUCACUUUAAAAUUCUGGAGGAACAAAGGCUGGGCACAUAUAAUCACAAAGCCCAGGCCACACAGUAAUUCGGGGUUGUAUUUUCUAAGAACUAUGUAUUGUUUUUAGCUUAUAGUUAAUAUUGUAUUUACUUGGGAAAAUGUGAAUAAAGUUAAUUAACAU